AUGUUCACUCAAGGAACUUCAUUAACUUCAUCAUUUGCUCAUAAUUUACGUAAUUUAACUAUUAUAUAUAAACCUAAUGCAUUUAUCUACCAUUUUUGUCAAACAUCCAAUUCAAUUAAUGCUAAACGUAUACGUUGGCAUUAUGAAUCUUUUCAUGAUUCCAAUAAUGAAUCAAAUACACAUUGUAAACAUUUAUUUAAUAAUUCUGAUUGUUUUGAUUUUUAUUAUGGACCAUCGACAAGUGUAUUAGUUGUUAAAGAACCUGAUAUGUUUAUUGGUCAAUAUACAUGUCAUAUUAAUAUAAAUUCUACAUACAAAGUAAAUUCUAUUGCAUGGAUUGAUGUUAAAUUACCUUCAUAUGAUAAAAAUGCAAAUGAUGAAUAUAUAGAAAUGUAUAAUGAAAGUGAAUUAGGAAAAUUAGCUAAUUAUCAUAAUGUACCAUUUAUACUUGAUGAAAAUGAUUUAACAUCAUUCGGUAAACGGGUACAAAUAGGUGGAAUAUUUCAUACAAAAUGUAUGUCAACCGAAACUUCUUAUCCAAUUAGUUUUACAUGGAUACAAUUAAAAAGUGCAUUGAAGGGAAUAAAAACAAUGCGAUUUAUUCAUAAUGAUGAAUAUAAAAUUAAAAUUAUAAAUAAAAAAUAUUCAAGUUCUUUGUAUAUCUAUUCCGUCGAUUUUUUCGAUCAUGGCGAUUAUAUUUGUAUUGCUUCAAAUAUUCUUGGUCGAUCAUUUUCUAGUAUACGUUCAUUAAUUGUUUCCGAACGAAUGGUUUUACCGCAUAUACAUGGUAAUCUACUAAAUAAUAGUUAUUUUGAUCUUCAACAUAGUGAUACGAAAACACUUACUUGUAUUGCUGAUGGUUAUCCUAAUCCAGAUGUUGCUUGGAUUCGAGUAUCUGAUUCAAUAUCUCUUGCUCGAAGUCAAUCAUAUGCUACUCUAAAAUUUAUUAAUGAAAUGCAUGGUGUGAAUAAAUACAUGUGUGAAGCAAGAAAUAAGCAUGGUUUUACAGUCAUUUUGAUUUCUGUUAUUAUACCAGAUAUUAAUAUACAACCAGUGUUGGAUUAUACUGAUGUACAAAGUCGAAAUGUAAAUUUAAUAUGGCAUAUAUUAAAUGAAAAUACUAAUCGAUAUAAUCAUUUUAUUGUUUAUUAUCGUACUUUAAAUUAUUUUCAUGAGAAUAUUAAUGAACAUGAAGAAAUUAUUAAUAUAGAAAAUUAUAAACAAAUUCUUGUUGAUUUAUAUACAAAAGAUCUUAAAUUUGCAUUUCGAGUCAUAAAUCUUAUUCCAUUUACAAAUUAUGAAUUUCGUGUUAAAGGUUUUAAUGGUGUUGUUGCAUCAAAUUAUUCAAAUCCAAUUUUUAUUAAAACACUUGAAAGUUUACCACAAAAAAUCGAAAAUCUUCAUGGUUAUGUAUGGAAUAAAACAUCUGUUUAUGUUCAUUGGACACCACCAAAUUCAACAAAUGGACCUAAUUUUUAUUACAUUCUUUAUUAUACAAUAAAUACGUCCAUUCCAUUUGAUCAAUGGCCUAAGAUUAAGAUUUAUACAUAUCCAUUUUAUAUUCUUCCAAUAUCAAUUUCUAUUAAUUCUCAAGUAUUUAUACGUGUUGCUACUGUUAAUGCAAAAGGUUUAGUAUUAAGUGAUUUUCAAAUGAUUAACUAUACAUUAUCAAAUAGUCAUUUAUUUCCAGUAAUUAAUAAUUUUCAUUGUUCAUUUGAUAAUCAAAAUCAAUUAAUUUAUCUUGAAUGGUUAAUUUAUCAUAAUUCUUAUAUAUUAAUAGAAAAUCAUGUUUUAUAUUAUUAUGAUACAACACAAAAUAAUGAUAAUUUAAUUCGUAUAUUAAAAAUUCCUAAUAAUUCACUAAUAAUUGAUCGUCAUUCAACAUACGAUUUAUUGAAAUAUAAAUUUAAUACUUCUUUAUUUGAUUUAAAUUAUAAUGAAUAUUAUAUUUUACGUCUACAUUUAGCUAUUAUUGAUCAAAGUCAAAAUCAAUUACCAAUGACGCCUUCGCCUAUUUAUUGUACUUUUACAAAAAAAUCUGAUAAAGAUUUUAUUCGUUUAUCUUGGACAAAACCUGAUCGUUUAUCAACAGUCUAUGGUUAUACAAUAAAAUAUCGUCCAAUAAAUUCCAAUCAAUCAUGGAUAGUACGACAAACAAAUAAUACACAAAUACUUUUAAAUGAACUUCGUCCUAUAACGAAAUAUGAAAUUAUUCUACAAGCUUAUACAAAUGCUUCAUAUACAGAUUCUUCUGGACCAUCAACGCGUAUUGAAGCGAUAACAGAUGAAACAGUUCCACUUGUUGCACCAAUUAAUGUAAGUGCACAUAUGAUUAAUCAAACAACAGCAAAUAUAUCAUGGAUUUAUCCACUUGAUUCAAAUAAUCCUGAUGAUAUAGCAUUACUUGGUGGUAUGAUUAAAGGUUUUUAUGUUAUCGUUUUUGCACCUGAUUCUAUUCAACCACCCAUUGUCCAUCGAAAUUAUGAAGGUACAAUUGGUACACAAUAUUGGGAUAUUGUAGGCAAUUUAACACCUGGUGCAACAUAUCAUGCACAAGUUAAAGCAUUUACAAAAAAAGGCGAUGGAAAACCAAGUGUAGCUUAUAUAUUUACAGUCCCAAAAGAUGAUUUACAACAUCCUCCUCUCAUGAAUUUAACCGCAUAUGUUGUUAAUGUUAACACGUUAAGUGUCACAUGGGAUUUACCAUUGAAUGUAAAUGAUAUCAAUAAAAUCUAUAUAACAGUUACUGAACUUGGUCAAAUUAAUCGAACAAUACAAAUGCAAUCAUUUGAUAAUACAAUAAAAAAAUUAGAUAUUCAAAUCAAUGAUAAAGAUCCACAUAGUAUACAUUCAAAUACAACUGUACAUUUUUCUGCUCGAUAUUCUGAUCAGAAUGGUCAAAAUUCUUCAAUAGCUGAAUAUCAACUAAAUAUUAAUAUAUUGAUAACAGUUGUGUAUAUUAUUCUACUUAUUUUUUCGACUUCUAAACCAAUUUAUAAUUCUAUUGUACGUUCGAGUAUAUAUUAUGUUCAAACACCAGGUUCAUCAAUUUAUCCAUCUCCACGCGAUGUACGUGUCGCACGUAUAAAUGAUACAACAAUACAAGUAUUUUGGUCACCAAUAUAUUAUCCACCUGUUGAACGAUAUAUAGUUCAUUAUAAUGAUAAAGCAGAAAAUAAAAAAGAAAAUCAAUGGGCACUUUAUGCUCCUAUAAAUCCUAGUGCAACAACAGCAAUUAUAAGUGGUCUGAAACCAGCUGCAAUGUAUAAUGUACGUGUUAAUGCGGAAUUUUCUAAUACAAAUAUGAAUGAUCCAUCGUAUGCAUCCGGAACAAGUCCUCGUGAAGGUGAUUUAUCAGAUAUUCAAGUAGCAGAUGUAUUUCAUCGUACAAAAUAUGUCAUUCAAUAUGACAAUCAAUUAAGUCGACCAUAUAAUAUGAGUUAUACGGAUUUAACAUCGAAUAGUGUUAAAUUAUUAUUUAAAUUUAAUGAAAUGAAUCUUGAUCCACGUCGACAAAUACAAAAACUUGAAGUGCAUUAUGAAGGUAUACAAAAUUAUGUUGAUAGUUUAGGUACAGCACGUUCUACAUCUCAUCAUAAUUCUGCUGGUCUUAUUACACUUCCACCAACACAAGGUACACGUGAAUGGCUUGUUACUGGUUUAGUACCAAAUACACGUUAUACACUAAAUUUAACUGGAACAAUAACAACAUCAGAACAAUCAACAUCAAAAAUUUAUAGUCAACCAGCAACAAUAAAUUUUUCAACUGAUUAUGAUGCACCACCCUAUGUUGAUCGACCAGAACAAGAUCGACGUAAUAUAAUCAAUGGUAAUAAUCAACAAGUUUAUUUUCGUUUACAUCGUGCAUCAACAAAAAAUGGUCCUAUUGAUCGUUAUUAUAUUGUUAUAAAUCUUUUUGAACAAACAACAUAUCAAUCCUAUGUACCACAAGAAGGUCAUCGUGAAUGUUGUUAUACUGCUGCAGUAUUUAAUGAAUCUCAAUUACCAGAAAUGUUUAUAUUAGGUGAUGGAAAAGAAACACGAGAUUGGGAACCAUUUUCCGGACGUACAUAUAAUAAUUCUCCAUUAAUAAGUACAAGUCGAAUAAAACUUGUUUCAUGGGGAUUUAAUCGUCGGAGAGAAAAUUUAACAACAUCAAGUUCAUCAAUAUCAAUAAAUGUACCUAUAAAAUCUCCUCAAACAUCAAAUGAAGAUACAUUUCAUAAUUUAUUAUGGAUAUUUGGAAUAAUAUUUUUACUUUUUUUAAUUCUUAUUAUUGUUAUUAUAUUUUCAUUAAAAUUUAAUCGAACAAAAAGAAAAUCAUUAACACCACCACCCGAAUGUGUACCAUUUGAUUUAACACCUAAAGUAUUAACUAUGGAAAUGCAAAUGCCUAUUUUACCACCGACAAUUUCACCUGCAUCAUCAGGUGACCCUGUUGAAAUACGUCGAAUACAACCAUUAACAAAUUAUGCUCCAAUACCCAUCGAAGAAUUUUCUACUCAUCUUGAACAUUUAAAAGCAUCGGAUAAUUAUAAAUUUUCUCAAGAAUAUGAAUCUAUUGAUCCAGGUGAACAAUUUUCUUGGGAAAAUUCCAAACUUGAAUGUAAUAAAACAAAAAAUCGUUAUGCAAAUGUUGUUGCUUAUGAUCACUCACGUGUUAUUUUACGAUCAAUUGAUGGUAUAAAUGGUAGUGAUUAUAUUAAUGCAAAUUAUUUAGAUGGUUAUAGAAAACAAAAUGCUUAUAUAGCAACACAAGGACCAUUACCAAAUACAUUUGCAGAUUUUUGGAGAAUGAUUUGGGAAACAAAUUCCGAUUGUAUUGUUAUGAUGACGAAAUUAGAAGAACGAAAUCGUCUCAAAUGUGAUCAAUAUUGGCCAAGUCGUGGAAUGGAAACAUAUGGAUCUAUUCAAGUUACUUUAACAGAUUUUAUUGAAUUAGCAUCUUAUAGUAUACGAACAUUUACUAUAGCAUGGACUGGUCAUCCAGAAAAACGAGAAAUUCGUCAUUGUCAAUUUACAGCAUGGCCUGAUCACGGUAUAUUAGAACAUGCUACAUCAUUUUUAAUGUUUGUUCGACGAGUAAAAACUCUCAAUCCACCUGAUAGUGGUCCAGUAGUUGUACAUUGUUCAGCAGGUGUUGGCCGUACUGGCUGUUUUAUUGUUAUUGAUGCUUUAUUAGAAAAAUUAAAACAUGAAAAAACAAUUGAUAUAUAUGGUCAUGUGACUCUAUUACGUGCUCAAAGAAACUAUAUUGUUCAAACUGAAGAACAAUAUAUAUUUAUUUAUGAAGCUAUUAAUGAAGCAAUACAAUCAGGUUAUACUGAAGUAGCAGCUCGAAAUUUAUUAACACAUUUACAAAGACUUCUACAGCCAUUAAACGAUAGUUCAUUAACGGAAAUGGAGCUUGAAUUUAAACGUUUGGCGAAUAUGAAAGCUCUACCAUCGAAAUUUAUCAGUGCAAAUCAUCCAUCGAAUAAAUUCAAAAAUCGUCUUGUAAACAUCUUACCAUAUGAAAAUACUCGAGUAUGUCUAUCACCAAUACGUGGUAUUGAUGGAUCAGAUUAUAUCAAUGCAUCGUAUAUUGAUGGUUAUCGAUUUCGGAAUGGUUAUAUUGCAACUCAAGGACCAUUAAAUGAAACAAUUGAUGAUUUUUGGAGAAUGAUAUGGGAACAUAAUGUCACAAUCAUUGUUAUGCUUACAAAAUUAAAAGAAAUGGGACGAGAAAAAUGUUCUCCAUAUUGGCCAAUUGAUCAAUCAAUACGUUAUGGAUAUUUUAUAAUUGAUCCACUUGGUGAAUAUCAUAUGUCACAAUAUUUAUUAAGUGAAUUUAAAUUAACUGAUACAAGAGAUGGUCAAUCUCGAACUAUCCGACAUUUUCUUUAUACAGAAUGGCCUGAACAAGGUGUACCUAAAGUUGGAGAAGGAUUUAUUGAUUUUAUAGGACAAGUACAUAAAACUAAAGAAGGUUUUGGUCAAGAUGGGCCUAUUGUUGUACAUUGUUCAGCUGGCGUUGGAAGAACUGGUAUAUUUCUAACAUUAAGUAUUGUACUUGAACGAAUAAGAUACGAAGGUGUUGUUGAUGUAUUUCAAACGGUGAAAUUAUUACGUACACAACGACCUGCACUUGUUCAAACCGAAGAUCAAUAUCAAUUUUGUUAUCGUUCAGCACUCGAAUAUUUAAGUUCAUUUGAUAAUUUAAUAUGA